AUGAAAAUAACUGUCCGACGAGGUAUUCAAAUAAUAGCGCUCAUUUUGCAUAGUUCUCUGGGCACAGCUAGAGUAGAAAUUAAUCCAGACGAUAUCAUGCCAUCGCGGCACAGCAAGCCUCCAAUGAAAAAUAUGGACUCUUUUUUGCAAGUAUUUGAGAAGCUAAUGCAGACAUUCCCUUCGUUUAAGUCAAAGGUCUAUAUGCGGCUCCAUAAGUACAUAGACCCGAAUGGCUCUGAGAUGUCGAGCAAUCCAUCGACGUACUUUAAAACAGGUAUGAAUAGCGUGCCAGAGCCUGAUGAGAUAGUGCAAAGAUUUCAGUCAAUAGCAAAUGCUGCAAACAUGCUCAAGCAGGAAAGAAGGUCUCUCAUAGGAAAAGUAGAAAGAUAUGUUGACCAAAUGUAUCUUGAUGAGAAGGAGCUCCUCCGAAUGGCAGAGGGGUACGUGUCAGAUAUGCGUGAUUUAGUAAAACAGCACGCAGCAGAGACAGAUCCCUUGGUUGAGUCAAGCAUUGUUGUUAAGUUUAAGGCAAAGGAAAAAGUUAUAGUAAAGUCCAUUGCUGCCAUAAAUAGAAUUCGGCGGUGGGAGGUGCAGAUUGAAAAGAGCCUGAACAGCCCCUUACUCAAAGAGAAUCUAACACCAGACGAGUAG